CCAACUGCUGUGUGUGUGUGUGUGUGUGUGUGUGUCCCAGUUGAGAGACAGCAUGCAAGCCGAGAUGCAGGUGAAGGAAAAGGAGUCGGAGCAACAGAAAAAGAGGAUCGAGGAGUUGGAGCUGACGCAGGAGAAACUGGAGGCCGCUCUCACCAUGGAGAUCCAGGCUCGGCUGGAGGAGGAGAGGGCCAGGCAGGAGCUGGAGAGGUUGCUGCAGGCGGAGGAAGAGAAGAAGAAGCAGUUCCAGCUGCUCCAGGAGCAGCAGAGGGCCCUGCAGAGCCUCAGCCCCGUACCGGAGGCCUCGGACGGCGGUCCGGACCCCCGGAGCCCCUCGGCUCUGCACUCGGCCUCCAGGGAGCUGCAGGACCUGCGGGCUUCUCGCCAGAGGAGCCACCAGCACCUGGAGGAGUUGCAAGAGAAGCUGAGGGACGCCAGUCAACACGUCCGGCACUGGAACGUCCAGCUGAACCGCCUGAUGAAGCCCAUCGGGCCUGGAGAACGUUUGGAACAUCGGCAAUUAUCAAAACAAACGUGUCCCAAAAAGGAAGGAGCGCUGGCGAGUAACGAGUUCAUCUCCAAAUUCAAGAAGAGGGCCGAAGAGAACAACCAGACGGCCGAAGACCGCGACGCGGUGGAGGAGCGGUUGGAGGAGCGGUUGGAGGCCGCCGACCUGUCGGACGGAUCCGACGGAUCCGACGAGUCUCAGGAAAAACCCGACGGACAAAUGUGAUCCAGAAUGUUUCACAUCUAAUUCGGCAUUUGUUUGAGACCGAGACCUUGAUGAGAAAAGUUAUUUACAAUAGAGAAAAGAACAAAUGUUGUAAUAUUUAUAUUUUGAAAUGCAUAGAGAGAGAGAGAGAUGGAGAGCAGUGUGAUGCACAAUUUAAUGAACACAAAUUUUGACUAAGAUCAACUGACAUUUACAGUUUUGUACAAUACAUUUGGUCACAUUUGAAUGCAACAUUGCACAAGAUUGAAAGGUUUACUUUUAGGGGUUUUAAUAGAUCCUUUCAUUUUUUAAACAAUUUUUUAUUUUUAGUUGAGUAAAACGUUCAGCAUUUAAAACCAAGUCACUGAUAUUGAGAUAAUACUGAGUGACAGCCCAAUAUGUUCAGCUCAUAAAGACAUCGUUGAGGUCAUUUAGAAACAGUAUCCACUCAUUCUAGUCACAAUGUUAGCCAACUUCCCGAUAUAUAUAUUUUUUUUAUUGUUACAAAAAUGUAUAUAUAUAUCGAGAGAAAUAAAUAAUUGUGAAUACCUGUCAAAUAUAAAAAAUAUACAUAUAUAUAGACUCUAUAUAUAUGUAUAUUUUUAUAUAUAUGCCACACACGUCGUAACAUC